CCACACAAGUUUCACGGUUCUGGAACAGAUCCACCUGCCGCUGCCGUACUAGAAAAGUUGUGUUUGACUGAGGACCUCGCUGCAGUCCCGCUCAAUGAGCACGACAAUGGAGCUCUGAAUGACUUGGCUGAUGACGUUUUCGAUGAUAAUAUGAACGUUCCUGCCGAUGAAAGCGACGGAGCUGUUGCUAUACCUCAGGCUAACCUCCAUGAUGGGCCCGUAUUUGGCGCAUCGCUGCAUGACGAACUGAUUCUUGCUGAUGUACAACCUGGCAGUAACAGUUUAUUGAGCAGGGGUUGGAAGACGCCCAAGACGACAUCGUCAGAGCCAGACAGAAGUGGUAGUGCUUUGCUUUCGUCGUCGUCAGGUACAGAAGCUGAUGGGGGUAUUGUGAGCUUUGAUCAGGCGCUAAGAUCAGCCAUGGAAGUCAGUGGUUCACCUGAUAAGGUACAUUUUCGAUAG